GCUCGUACCCGGUCGGUGUCAUUCGUCGGAAUCCGAGAGAGCCGGACCGUUUGACUGUAAUCGUUGCCACUUGCCGCCUCACGCACACGCACAUACACACACACACAUAAACACCCAAAAACUCACACAAGCGCGGGUGCGCGCGCGCACACGCACAAUCAUCCGUAUCCGUACGAACGAUCGCUUCCGUCCGUAUGUUUUGCUUCUGCUGCUGCCAGUGGUGACGUUUAUUGUCCAGCGGACGGUGUGAGACGUGAUUGUGCGUAGUGCGUGUGUCGUCGUCGCCACCGCCGUCACCGUUGCCGUCACCGCCGCGCGAUAUCAUCGCAGCUGUAUCACUGUAAAAUAAUAAAGAGUCCGCCCGACUGUCUGUCGUCGUUGAUCUGACGUAUUGGACCCCGCCGUCCUCUUCAGUGAGACACAUACGUCCACUACAACACUACCCAUAGCUCUUCGCCGCUGUCCGCGAUGGCCGGCAACAUGGGCAUGGAACAGUUGAUACCUAUCGUGAACAAGCUCCAAGAUGCGUUCACCCAGCUGGGCGUGCACAUGCAGCUGGACCUGCCCCAGAUCGCGGUGGUCGGUGGCCAGAGCGCUGGUAAAAGUUCCGUGCUGGAGAACUUUGUGGGAAGGGAUUUUCUUCCAAGAGGUUCUGGAAUUGUAACUCGUCGUCCACUUAUUCUUCAGUUGAUUAAUAGUUCAUUGGAAUAUGGAGAAUUUCUUCAUUGCAAAGGAAAAAAGUUUGCUGAUUUUGAUGAAAUUAGGCGUGAAAUAGAAAAUGAAACUGAUCGUAUGACUGGAUCUAAUAAAGGAAUUUCUAACAUACCAAUAAAUUUGAGGGUAUAUUCUCCUAAUGUUUUAAACAUCACAAUGAUCGACUUGCCUGGCUUGACAAAAGUGCCAGUGGGUGAUCAACCAGCUGACAUUGAACAACAAAUCAAAGACAUGCUGUUCCAAUUUAUCACAAAAGAAACAUGUCUUAUACUGGCUGUUUCUCCAGCUAAUGCUGAUUUGGCUACUUCAGAUGCCUUACAAAUUUCAAAACAAGUUGACCCAGACGGUAUGCGAACUAUUGGUGUCAUAACAAAAUUGGAUCUGAUGGAUGAAGGAACUGAUGCUAGAGACAUACUGGAAAACAAGCUUCUGCCUCUCAGGCGUGGUUACAUUGGUGUAGUAAAUAGAAGUCAGAAAGAUAUCGAUGGCCGUAAAGAUAUAAAAGCUGCUUUGAGUGCAGAAAGAAAAUUCUUCUUGGCACAUCCAUCGUAUAGACACAUGGCUGACAGACUUGGUACACCAUAUUUGCAAAGAGUUUUGAAUCAACAGCUCACAAAUCAUAUUAGAGAUACAUUGCCAGGCCUUAGGGAUAAAUUACAAAAACAAUUACUUACAUUAGAAAAAGAUGUCGAACAGUUUAAAUACUUUAGGCCAGAUGAUCCGGCUAUUAAAACCAAAGCAAUGUUACAAAUGAUUCAACAACUUCAAUCUGAUUUUGAACGCACAAUUGAAGGUUCUGGUUCUGCUCAGAUAAAUACCAAUGAACUAUCUGGAGGUGCUAAAAUCAAUCGUUUAUUCCAUGAACGUUUCCCAUUUGAAAUUGUGAAAAUGGAAAUUGAUGAAAAAGAACUAAGGAGGGAAAUAGCAUUUGCCAUCAGAAACAUUCAUGGUAUUAGAGUGGGUUUAUUCACACCUGAUAUGGCAUUUGAAGCUAUUGUGAAAAAACAAAUUGCUAGAUUGAAAGAACCAUCAUUGAAAUGUACCGAUCUCGUUGUUAAUGAAUUAUCUAACGUAGUUAGAAUUUGUACAGAUAAGAUGUCCAGGUAUCCACGUUUACGAGAAGAAACAGAACGUAUCAUUACAUCAUAUAUUCGUAAUCGUGACCAAAUGUGUAAAGAACAGUUAAUCUUAUUGGUUGAAUGUGAACUUGCUUACAUGAAUACAAAUCAUGAAGAUUUCAUAGGAUUUGCAAAUGCACAACAGUCUUCUGAUAACUCCAACAAAACUCAUAAGCUUGGUAAUCAGGUGAUACGUAAAGGAUGGAUGUGUAUACACAAUUUAGGCAUUAUGAAAGGAGGAUCUAGGGAUUAUUGGUUUGUAUUAAUGUCAGAAAACAUCUCAUGGUUUAAAGAUGAAGAGGAAAGAGAAAAAAAGUACAUGUUACCAUUAGAUGGAUUAAAAAUCAAAGAUGUUGAACAAGGUUUCAUGUCACGUCGUCAUACAUUUGCACUAUUUAAUCCAGAAGGCCGUAAUGUUUACAAGGACUACAAACAGCUUGAAUUAAGUUGCGAAACACAAGAUGAUGUAGAUUCUUGGAAGGCAUCAUUUUUACGUGCAGGUGUUUAUCCAGAAAAGUCAUCCGAUAUAUCCAAUAGUGAUGAGGAUGGUCGUGAGAGCAGUACAGAAUCGACUACAUCUAUGGAUCCAGUUUUGGAAAGACAAGUAGAGACUAUAAGAAAUCUAGUUGAUUCAUAUAUGAAAAUUGUGACAAAAUCUUGUCGAGAUCUAGUCCCUAAAAUCAUUAUGCAUUUGAUCAUAAACAACUCAAAAGAUUUUAUUAAUGGAGAAUUAUUAGCUCAUCUUUAUGCAUCUGGCGAUCAGUCUCAAAUGAUGGAAGAAAGUGCUGAAGAGGCCGUAAAACGUGAGGAAAUGAUGCGCAUGUACCAAGCAUGUAAAGAAGCAUUGAGAAUUAUUGGUGAUGUAUCAAUGGCUACUGUUACCACACCCGUUCCACCACCAGUCAAGAAUGAUUGGCUUGCAUCUAGUCUUGACAACCCAAGGUUGUCUCCUCCAAGCCCUGGUGGUGCUGGACGUAGAGGAGUACCUUCUAACCCAACACCUGCAAAUGCUGCAUCAAGAGCACCUCCACCACCUCCAGCUUCAGGAAGACCAGCUCCAGCAAUACCCAACAGACCUGGGCCAGAACAGGGACGACAACCUCCUGCUCCACCUGGUAGGCCUGGUGGCCAGGGGCUUCCUCCUCCUUUAAUUCCUUCGCGAGGAUCAAUGCCGCAAAUACCGCAACGUGUACAACAAGCGGUCGGCCAAGCUGUGGCACAAGUAGCUGUCAAUGAGCUUACCAAUGCUUUUGCCAACCGUUUCAAAUAAGCUGUGUAUUUCACUUACUAGAUGUAUACAUGGCAUGCACGCGAAGAAAAUGUCUAGACUUGAUUUAUCUUCUAUUUAAGAAGCAGGUGAAUGCCCAAAAAACAAGACAAAACAUUUUUAAUUUAAAAAUUAAAAUAAAUAAUUUAUUUUAGAUUUUAUUAUCCAUUUCCUCUUAGGCUAAUUAAUUUAAAAAUGUUUAACUAUAGUCUAGAUGUGAUGUACGUAUGAAAUGUGAUUCUUAGUAACUGAAUGUUUACGCAUAAACUCAAUUUUUUUCUUUUGUUAUGUACAUAAAAUAAUAAUAUUAAUUAUUAUAAUAUUAUUAUCGAAGGCCUCGUUAUUUAUUAAUAAUUUUUAAGACAAAGAGGUCCUGUUAUUGUUAUUAUUAUAAUUUAUUAUCAUUCCAUUUAUUAAAUUUAUCUAUUUAAUUUUAAGUGCAAUUAGGGGUUUUCUGUUUUUUUUUUUCUAACAUGAAUCCCUAUAAACAAUCACAUUUUAAGUAUGUAAUAUGUAUUAUGUAAUCAGUUAUUUUAAUUAUUGAGCGGCAUUUAUUUUUAUAAAGUCGAAAAGGUUAUAUUUUUAUUGUCUGUAUACAAGAAUGAAGCUAUUUAAAAUUAAUAUAUUGUUAAUUAUUUAGUUACCAGAGUUCCUGAAGUUAAAUACAGAGACUAGUGUAAUCAUAAUAAGUCAUAACGAAUGGAAAUUAACAUAGAGAAAAACAAUUUUAUUCAAUGAAAUGAUAUAUUAUAUAUACAUUUGUUUGUUGAUAAAUUACUCUUAGACGUGGCAAAUUAAUAAUUUUAAAAUUUAUAAAUAUUUUCAUUUAAAAUAAAGAGAAUAUAUUAAAAUUAACUUAAGUAUAACCUACCUAAUUUGUAAUUUUUGGCUUUGCACCACUAAAUCCAUAGUGUGACUACUUCACAAUAUAAAAUUACAUUGUUUUAUAAAGAGCAAUAAUUGGAUGUUGUUUAAAAUAUACAAUUAAAACAAACUUAUAUUAGACAUAUUUUAUGUCAUCGUUAUUGAAAAAAAUUGUUAAGUCGUUUCAAUUGUAUUAGACAAGGAAAAAAAGACUUUGUAAUUUUUAUAUAAUAAGAUAAUCAUUAAGUGUAUGUUACAGAAUAGGAAUAUUUAGGUUAUAUAUUCUGAUAUAAUUGUAUUGUUAAGUCAAUUACUUUUUUGAUGAAAUACGACAUAACUAGUUUUUUUUUUGUGUUCCUAGUAAUUUGAUUGCUUUUUAAUAAUAAAUUAAUCGUAAGCAAUUUUUGUGAGUGUGAGCUAAAACCACAGUCGUGCAAUUCAAUAGCGUGCAUAAUGUUAUACUCAUACCCGAGGUAUGAGCACCAACCCUACCUUAACGUAUAUAAUUUAAUCACUAAAAUACUUUUUUAUAAUACGGUCAAUGCAAUAAAUUUUGUUGAAUAAAUUUUUUAAAAUACUGCCGUCAUCUCUCGCUUCAUAAUAAGACCGAACAAUUGUGACUGACCUAUACUUGUUACACUUAAUUAUAUGUGAGCUUACUCACGGUACUAUACCGUUACCUUGCGAGUAACCCUAAAUUCGACGGCAGAUGAUCGGUUUGUACAGUGUCAUUAAUGUUUAGAAGUUUCUAACUAUGUUAUCGAUAUUCGGCGACUCGGGGUCGUUGUAUUUAAUGUACCUUAAUUCACAAUAACAACAAUGUUAUAGUGGUUGCUAGGUAUUGCCCUACAGUUUAUAGUUUACCGUACCAUACCGCGUUACAGUAUCGAGUGACCAUGUGUUUUAGCUCCGACUCAAAAUGAUUGGCUUUAAUAUUAUGUAAUAAUAACGCUCAUUAAAUAUUAACCAUUUACUAUACCAUCAAUUUAAAUUUAAAUAAAUAAAUAAUAUUGUUAUCUCUGAAUAUUAUAUAUAUAUACAAGACACUUGCAAAAAAAAUUGAUGUACCUUAGACAAAAACGUGUCGGAUUGUAGCAAUAAACGAAAAAAAGAUAAAUUGUACGUUAUGCGCAUUAUACAAUAUUAUUAUUAACAAACAAUUUGUAGUGUAAUGUAUUAAUUAAGCACAGAAAACAAAGAAAGGCUUUUUUUAUUCACCGAUUAUUGUGAAUAUAACAUAAUAUUAUUUUAAAAAAACAAUUGAAUUAAUUAUACGAUAUUGUUAUUAAAAAUAACCGAGAAAAAAAACAAAAAGACUUA